CCAUUUUUCCAUAUUUCUUAAUAGGCUGUUUGGCAUUUUGACCCCGUAGCCCAGUCCAGAAACAUCCGAUACGUUUUUUCUACAAAACAGAACCUAAAAUAUCCGAGAUUGGAGUCUCAAACUCCACUCAAGACAAAUCAUUUUUGAAGCUAGUAACAGGUUGUAGUCCUAGCAAGGAUGUGUAAUGCAACCAACGAACGAGUCACCCGACUCCAUGAGCCGGGAAGGGUUUGUCGCGAGUUGCUAUACCUCAGAUCGAAGGUGCCAAAGCGGGAAGUCCCUGCCUUUACCUAUCAGGCACUACAACCCAACACAGUAGUAAAGCCACCUCCAAAAAUUGAUAUUUUCAAGCGGAAACCCGUUAAGGAAACUGUGUUUAAAAUCUACUUCAAUCGCGGUGACAUUCCUUGCGUCAUGUCCGGCCGGAGCAGCAAACAGGAUCCGACCAAGGAGCGUCCUGUGAAGUGGCACUGUGUGCCAGAGCAGCUUGACUACUGCUAUUACCUGCCCAUCUUUGUGGAUGGACUGGCGGACAUGGACUCUGACACGCGACUCCUAGCAGUCAAUGGAGCCAUCGAUUUGAUCAUUAGAUCACCCAAGAAGGUGCUUCCUGUGCUACCCAAGCUGAUCCUUCCCUUGAAGCGAGCCUUCCAGACGCGCGACAAAAGGAUCAUUAUCUCUGCCCUUCAGGUCAUCCAACUGAUGGUUCGCCUAGGUCCUUGUGUGGGUCAGGCCUUGGUGCCCUUCUAUCGCCAAUUGCUGGCCGUUUGCAACCUCUACAAGAAUAUCAAUGUGAACCUGGGCGAGGGCAUUGAUCCCGAUCGCAAUUGCCGGAUUGGUGAUGUCAUCGAGGACACUCUGAAGCUGCUGGAGUAUUGCGGGGGUCCCAAUGCCUUUAUCAACAUCAAGUAUAUGGUGCCCACCUAUGAGAGCAGCGUGUUUCCCAAGUGCGAGGCCCCGGAGCCCCGCUAGUACUGAGUUCUCAAGUUUUCCCCCAUUUCUAGCCACUUUCGAGUUUGUUUCAGUUUGAAAGGGUUAAGUGAAAUCUCCAAAUUGGAGUUGAGUAAACCAAAUUCUUGCUUCCGAUUGACCAGACAAUGUGAUGAAUUAAAAAGAUAUCGGAUUAUAUAGUAUUAACUGGGCUUGAGUAAAAUAUUUUAGAAAUUGAA